GACAAUGAAGUUUGGACUAGAGUGAGCUCCACGAAUCAUCGCUGAUAAGCCUAUGACAAGGAAAAAAUAAAACAUAAGUGUAUAAGCACAGCGGAUGGUCAUGAAUCACCAGCAUCUUUGUUAUGUCCAACUAUAUCAAGAUGGCUUCCAGACAGCUGCCUAAGACGUUCAAGAAGCUUGUUGUAACAAAGCUUAGUACAAAUUUUCGCGAGGCUGUGCAAGCAGUAACGGUGCCAAUGAUUGCUCCAGGUCCAGAAGAAAUGCUUGUGAAGACAAGUUAUGCAGGUAUCAAUGCAUCUGACAUCAACUUCACAGCUGGCCGUUACACGCCAGGACAAGAACCUCCCUUUGAUGUAGGAUUAGAGGCUAUAGGUGAAGUUGUUUCUGUUGGUGAUAAAAUAAAGAAGCAUUUUAACGUUGGUCAAGCAGUCACUUUCAUGAAAUAUGGUGCAUUUGCAGAAUAUAUACUUCUUUCCAAACGAGAUGCCAUUCCAGUCCCAAGUGUUCAUCCAGAUUUUAUUUCUCUCCUUAUCAGUGGAAUGACUGCAGCAAUGGCUCUGGAUAAGAUGGGUGACUUGAAAAGUGGUGAGAAAGUAUUAGUAACAGCUGCGGCAGGAGGAACAGGACAGUUUGCCGUACAACUAGCUAAACAAGCUGGUUGUCAUGUCAUAGGAACUUGUUCCUCUCAAGAGAAGGUUGAUCUAUUAAAGAGUCUAGGGUGUGAUCGCCCCAUCAAUUACAAAACAGAAGAACUGAAUGACGUUUUGAAAGCUGAAUACCCAGAAGGGGUUGAUGUGGUGUAUGAAUCCAUCGGAGGCAACAUAUUUGAUGUCUGUGUCAACAGGUUAGCAACAAAAGGGCGUCUGAUUGUAAUAGGAUUUAUAACUGGUUAUGAAUCAAAACUUGGUUUUAAUCCUGUGAAGACUGGCACCUUGAUUCCUAAGCUUUUAACUAAGUCAGCAAGCGUCCGUGGUUUUUUCCUCUUCAAUUACGUGUCUGACAUCAAGACCUACAUGCCAAGAUUGAUUCAGUUAUACCAGUCAGGGCAAAUCAAGACUGCAGUAGACAUGGGGGAAAAUAGUAAAGCUGGUCCAUUCAGGGGUCUGACUUCAGUUUAUGAUGCGGUAGAGCACAUGUACAAGGGACUAAAUAGAGGAAAAUUAGUCGUACAAAUAUCUAAUGACCCAAAGAGUCACCUAUAGACAUACAAUGCAUAGAUUGCAUGUGUUCAAAAAUACUACCCAAAGAUCACAAAAAAUUCUUAAUUAUUUUUUUGUGCAAAAUUUCUGAAUAGAAUCACUAGUUAUGAAUAAAAAAGCAAAUAUCAUAGGAUAAAAGCUGCAAAUUCGACCUUAAAAAGACGUCUACGUUCCGUACGAUCAGCCAAGCGAAGUCCAGUCCAUUCCAUCCAUGUACGGUUCCUAAUUUUCCAAAAUUAAAAAACACUCAAUAUUCGGGCAUUUAGAAGAGGAAAACAAGUUUUUGAAGUUGGGCAUGUUUUUGUUAGACAUUAAGAUUAUCCAUGGCCUUUCAAAAGGUGAAAAUUCAAAAAAAAAAAAUUUUUUUGAUGAUUCAAGCUCGAGUCACUGACUGAGGCCCAGUCAUCUGCAAUCCAUUUCAGUCACAUCUAAUCCAUUCCAGUGACAUUCAAAUAACAUGCAAUUUAUACUCAAUAGCAUCUUAAUGGAGAAAACUUAGUCGUAAAAAUCUGUAACGAUCCAAAGAGUCACCUAUAGACAUAUGAUGUAUACAGUCCAUUGAAAAACCUUUGCCGCUAACCCGCUUCACACGACUUUGUAAGUGCCACGAUUAAAAAAAAAAAAUUAUUUUUCGUAAUUUUUUUGCAAAAUUUCUGAAUAGAAUCACUAGUUAUGAAUAAUAAAACAAAUAUCAUAGGAUAAAAGCUGCCAAUUCGAACUUAAAAAGACGUCUACGUUCCGUACGAUCCAGCCAAGCGAAGUCCAGUCCAUUCCAUCCAUGUACGGUUCCUAAUUUUCCAAAAUUAAAAAACACUCAAAAUUCGGGCAUUGAGAAGAGGAAAACAAGUUUUAUGUGUUGGACAUGUUUUUGUUAUACAUUAAGAUUAUCCAUGGCCUUUCAAAAGGUGAAUAUUCAAAACAAAAUUUUUUUGAUGAUUCAAGAUCGAUCGAGUCACUGACUGAGGCCCAGUCACUCUCAAUCCAUUUCAGCCACAAUCAUGCAUGCUACGACAGUUACAGCCAAUCCAUCGAUCCCAGUCCCAUCCAAUCCAUCUCAGUCCCAUCCAAACCAUCGCGUUUUCUGGUAGCGGCCUCAUGGGAGAGCUUGCUUUCAGUUGAGCCCCGUUGAGCGGCGACCGCCGUGCUUACGGUGGUGGUAGGUAAAAGAUAAAAUCUCCUCUGUCACAGCUGUUUUAUUUUAGCGCGUUCAAACGAGCAGUUGGCCCAGGACAUACGUAACAACGGAUAGCACUAUAACGUAUCAAAAACUACAUGCGCAAACAUGGGCUAAGCCUCAAUAUUAAAUGCCCGUUAUUGUGUGCGUGGGAAGCAAUGGGCGAAAUAACAGAAGAUUUUUGCAAUUAUCUUGUGUUCACAUUCUCGUCUUCAGCCAGCGCCAUAUCGCUGAUGACGAAAGGAGGUUGAAAUUAAAGAUGUAAAAAACAUCAUUCUGUUUUCUAGCUUAAUGACCUGUAUCGGCCACCCACGGUUAUAACAACGUAUUAUCACUUUAAAAUAAGUAAAGACAUUAUGAACUUUAGCUUUUUUAUUCGUUUAAUUUUAAGAUAAAAUAUUGUCGUUGUCAUAUUAAUAAUAGGGAAAACAA